AUGGAAAUCAAAAAAAAAAAAAUCUCCCUAACCCUCUUUUUUUUUUCUUUUCCUCUUCACCGUUUGUAUUUAGUAAGUCGAAAUAUGAGUGACUUGACAAAUAAUACUAGCUUUCAAAUCUCUAGUUCUAAACCACUGAGACAAUCAGCGUGGCAAGACAAAAGAGUUAGAUUCAAUACUUGCUAUAGUAACGAAUCUAUGGGUGAUGCUCUUGUUCAAGAGAACUAUUGGAGCUCACCCAAGGAGAACCUGAGUGGUUCGUCCAUGGGUCAAGGUUACCCACUAGCGAUAAACGGGUCCAACUCAAGAGUAACAAAUUUGGUGAAAUUGAGUUCAGCAGCUCAAGUGAGUGAGGCUGAAGUAGAUAUCAUCCAAGGUAAUAAUAGAACCAAGGUUGUUAAUCCAUCAGACCGUGUUGACGGUUCUGAAAAGGGAUAUUCUUCUCGUUAUAUGGCAUACAUAAAUAGUAUCAACCCUGAUUGGAAUGAAUCUAAUUAUGGGGCCAUUAGAGAAAAAAUGUGUAGAAUUCCCGCUGAACGUUUGUUAUAUUUGACAAGAAGGGCAAGCUCCAAUUUCGAGAUUUGCGUUGAUAGUAUUACUAUUAAAAACCCUUCACCAGACUAUUUCCUCUCUAAACAUAGAAUGAUGAAUCCAUAUGUUCCGGAUGACUUGUUGAUUGAACCAAUAAGAAGCGCUCGUUCUUUAAGGAAAUUCCUCGAAAAGAAUCCAGAUAUUUUGGACAUGUAUGAAGCAUCAUUUUAUAUUACAACUAUCUCCUAUCGUGUUCAAGAAGUAUUGAGAAAAUUAUCGAAUGAUGAUAGAAUCAAGUCAUCAAAUAAUAUUGGUCAGAUUUUUAGUCUUUUGAAACAUCCACAUCAUGCAGACUUGGAAUUAUUCAUCCAUACUACACUUGAAGGCUAUAUUAAAAACACAUCGAAAGCAGGUACUGGUAUGGAAAUAUAUGAAAGAAUAGCAUCUGGAUUUAGUUUUUAUGCCGACAAAGGUCGUUAUUUGGAUGCAGUGAAUAGAAAUGGAAAGUUUUUACAAUGGUAUUCUCAAGUUAGAGGACGUAAACUGAGAGAGAAAUUAAUUGCAAAAGUUUUGGCUAAGUAUUAUGAACCAUUCCUUAAAACAAACUCAGUUGACAUUAAUUUAAUCAUGUCAGAAUUAUUCAAACUUCCAGAAUUUCAAAUUACCUUUUAUGAAAGAUCAAUUAUUUUUAAGCCAUCAAAGAACGUACCAUCAAAUAAAAAGAGACAAAUUGAAGAAUCUCCUGACCAAGUCAAUAAGAAACCAAAAGUCAACAAAAAGAAAAAGAAGAAGUUUAACAAAGUCAACAAAGAUUUAAAUAGUCAAUGA